AUGCGGCCGUUAUCCACUGUGUCUGCACUUGCUUGGCUGGGAGGUUUUCAAGCCCUACCGGUCAACGCGAUACAAACCAUCUCCACCGUUGGCUCCAAGUUCUUCCACGAAGAUGGUACUCAGUACUUUUUGAAGGGCAUCGCUUAUCAACUCAUUCCCGAUGACCCCUUGGUUGACACCGCACAGUGCAAGCGCGAUUUUGCUCUCAUGGCCGAGCUGGGCACUAAUGCAAUUCGCGUUUACCACGUCGAUCCCAAGGCUAAUCAUGAUGGUUGCAUGGAGGCACUUGCGGCUGCAGGAAUCUACCUCUUCGUGGAUCUAGACACAUUCGAUACGUCGAUCAACCAGGACAAACCACAGUGGACACAUUCCCAGUUCGAACGAUAUAAGGCGGUGUUGGACGAGUUCCAAAAAUAUAACAACACCGCCGGUGUAUUUGUUGGCAACGAGGUAAUCAACACUAAGGAAGGCUCGGCCGCCGCCCCGUAUGUCCUAGCCGCAGCGCAUGAUAUCAAAUCGUACCGCAACGAAAAAGGCUAUCGGAACAUCCCGGUGGGUUAUUCGGCAGCUGAUAUUGCAGAGCUGCGUCCCAUGCUGCAAAACUAUCUAGCUUGUCGUCCCGACUCCGCUGACCGACUGGAUUUCUUCUCGCUUAAUGCCUAUGAGUGGUGUGGUCCCUCUUCGUACGAGACAUCCGGCUACAAGAGACUUCAAAGCCAAGCAAGCGACUACCCUAUCCCGAUCUUCUUUUCAGAAACAGGCUGCAAUGCGGCACGGCCACGGACCUUUGAAGACCAAGCUGCCAUUUUCGGCCCUGAGAUGGCAAACACUUGGUCCGGCUCCAUGAUCUAUGAAUGGAUUCAGGAGGCCAACGACUACGGUCUGAUCAAAUAUGGUCCCCCCUCAGGCGCCUCACCCGACAAAAUGCUCGUACAGGAUGGUUUUCCUCGCCAGGGGGAACCUAUUCCGGUGGAUCCCGACUUCCACAACCUGAAAGCGCAAUGGGCCAGGUUAAGGCCUACCGGAGUAGCCUUGUCGGACUACAUAAAGUCUACUUCCAGUAUCAAGCCUGCAUCUUGCCCCACUUCGACACCGGGUGGAUGGGCCGUGGAUUCUCACCAGCCCCUUCCCACUCUUCAACGAGCUACCUCGGACGUGGCGGCUGCCGGUCCAAAUCCUGGCUCCGGCUCUGGACCUGAUUCGGGAUCACGGCCAGAGCAGCUUUCAGCACGUGUGACUUCGGUUGCACCCUCAGAUUAUCACUCCUCUCGUGCCGUCAAUGGCGCCUCCGCGGGAACGAGGGGCUUUGAUCGCCUUGCAGGUGGAUCCCUCUUCCUCUGCAUGUUGAUCGGUGCCUUGGCUCUGUGGCUCUAA